UGGAUAUUAGCAAUAGUUUUCCAGUUUGGGGCAAAGCGGGAACAGUGGGCUCCUGGGCCGACUGGCUUCUUUGUCUCAUCCUUUUCCUUCUGCUUUACACAGGUAAAAUCACAGAGGGGCUACAAUUCCUCGCAGCACGGCUCCACCCCUUUUUUCCCCGGGAUCGACCUCGUUCUGAUGAAGCCAUUUGUCCCUAAGCACUCACCGUAGCAGCCGCCGCCCAUCCCUCUUUGUGCGCCUGGAGUAGCCGCGGAGCUGGUGGCGGCGACAAUUGGUGGUGUGGGUGAAGGAGAGGGACGCUGUCGGAAAGUUGCAGGCGGGCGGAUUCUUCACCAUCUCGCCACCUGACAGGUCACAAACAUGUCGGACAAAAGUGAAUUAAAGGCAGAAUUGGAACGUAAGAAGCAGCGGUUGGCCCAAAUCAGAGAAGAAAAGAAGAGAAAAGAAGAAGAAAGGAAAAAAAAGGAAACUGAUCAGAAGAAGGAAGCAGUUGCUCCUGUGCAGGAGGAAUCCGAUCUUGAAAAAAAAAGAAGAGAAGCUGAAGCGCUGCUUCAAAGCAUGGGGCUAACUCCAGAAUCACCCAUUGUCCCUCCUCCUAUGUCUCCAUCCUCCAAAUCUGUGAGCACACCAAGUGAAGCUGGAAGCCAAGACUCUGGAGAUGGCGCAGUGGGAUCUAGACGAGGACCUAUUAAACUUGGAAUGGCUAAAAUUACACAAGUUGACUUUCCUCCUCGAGAAAUUGUGACAUAUACAAAGGAAACUCAGACUCCAGUUAUGGCUCAACCCAAAGAAGAUGAAGAAGAAGAAGAUGAUGUAGUGACUCCUAAACCACCUACUGAACCUGAAGAAGAGAAAACUUUAAAGAAAGAUGAGGAAAAUGAUAGUAAAGCUCCCCCUCAUGAGCUGACUGAAGAAGAAAAGCAACAAAUCUUGCACACUGAGGAAUUUUUAAGUUUCUUUGACCAUUCCACAAGAAUUGUAGAAAGAGCUCUUUCUGAGCAGAUUAACAUCUUCUUUGACUACAGUGGGAGAGAUUUGGAAGACAAAGAAGGAGAGAUUCAAGCAGGUGCAAAACUGUCAUUAAAUCGACAAUUUUUUGAUGAACGUUGGUCAAAGCACCGGGUUGUUAGUUGUUUGGAUUGGUCAUCUCAGUAUCCAGAGUUACUCGUGGCUUCUUAUAAUAACAAUGAAGAUGCUCCUCAUGAACCUGAUGGUGUGGCCCUUGUAUGGAAUAUGAAAUAUAAAAAAACUACCCCAGAGUAUGUAUUUCACUGCCAGUCAGCUGUGAUGUCUGCUACAUUUGCAAAAUUUCAUCCAAAUCUGGUUGUUGGCGGUACGUAUUCAGGCCAAAUUGUGCUGUGGGAUAACCGUAGCAAUAAAAGAACUCCCGUGCAAAGAACUCCGCUGUCAGCUGCUGCACACACACAUCCUGUAUAUUGUGUAAAUGUCGUUGGAACGCAAAAUGCUCACAAUCUGAUUAGCAUCUCUACUGAUGGAAAAAUUUGUUCAUGGAGUCUGGACAUGCUUUCCCAUCCACAGGAUAGCAUGGAAUUGGUUCAUAAGCAGUCAAAGGCAGUAGCUGUGACAUCUAUGUCCUUCCCUGUUGGAGAUGUCAACAACUUUGUUGUUGGGAGUGAAGAAGGUUCUGUGUACACAGCAUGUCGCCAUGGCAGCAAAGCUGGAAUCAGUGAGAUGUUUGAGGGACAUCAAGGACCAAUCACUGGCAUCCAUUGUCAUGCAGCUGUUGGAGCAGUGGACUUCUCACAUCUUUUUGUCACUUCAUCCUUUGACUGGACAGUAAAACUUUGGACAACCAAGAAUAACAAGCCUUUAUAUUCAUUCGAAGAUAAUUCAGACUAUGUUUAUGAUGUUAUGUGGUCACCCACCCACCCAGCCCUGUUUGCCUGUGUGGAUGGCAUGGGGAGGCUGGAUUUGUGGAAUCUCAAUAAUGACACAGAGGUGCCAACUGCCAGUAUUUCUGUGGAGGGUAAUCCUGCUCUUAAUCGUGUAAGAUGGACCCAUUCUGGAAGAGAGAUUGCUGUGGGUGAUUCUGAAGGACAGAUUGUUAUAUACGAUGUGGGAGAGAUUGCCGUCCCCCGAAACGAUGAAUGGGCACGGUUUGGCCGAACACUUGCAGAAAUUAAUGCAAACCGGGCUGAUGCAGAAGAGGAAGCUGCCACCCGAAUACCUGCUUAGCUCCUGAAAAGAGGAUACGUAGCUUUAGCGGAUUUGGAGAAGACUCAGUAGAUCCUAAGACUAUUUGCAUGCUUCUGUAAAUGAUAAUUAAAAGGAAAUUUUGUGCAUUAAACCAUGGAUUUAAUGCAGCAAGCAAAUCUUACAAUAUCCCUUUUUAUAUAACUUGCAUCUUGUUUUGGAUUUGUGUCAUUUUUAAUACAGCUGAUUGACUUUACUGAAUGCAGCCUUUUAAAAUUCUUAUACACAGGUGUAUAUUUGGUGUUAGUUAUUCUUUUGAGUUAUUUUCAAUUUAUAACACUCUAUACAAUUAUUUCUAAAGCACAGAUUAAAUAAGUUCUGCAUAUUUUUAAAUAAUCUUAAUUCCUUGUUAUACUGAUAAUGUUCUCACUAACCAUAAUAUGUAGAAACAUUUGUUUAUCUUAGCCAUAGCAUGCAUACAUCUAUCCAAGUUACAUUCUAAUACUCUUUUUCUUCUUCAUAAUUCAUGUGAUAGCUAUCUAUAAAUAAAAACAAAUAUGGUUUAACUUUUCAAAUUUUUAUUUUGAUUUACUCUUCACAAUUUUAAUUUUUGCCUUUCUUUUAUAAAGUGGGCUUUUUUUCAUGUCUGUCUUUAAGUUCCUGUUGUUAGCAGCCACUUCAGAUGCGGUAACGCUUUUUGCCUUAACUAUACUAUACGGUAUACUGUAGAUCUAAUUCAUGAUGAACCGAUGUUUAGAUAAUGUCAGUGGAAAAAUUUUCUCCUACAUUAAUGUUUGCUUUACUCCCUUAUUUUCUUUCCAUUUAAUAUAUAUUUAGUUCAAAGAAUAAACAGAAAGCUACCUAUUUUCACUGAUUGAGAUUACUAUGUAUUGAGCUCUCUGAGACUAAAAUCUCCUUUGAGAGAAAUUGAUUUCAUGCUUGCAAUAGCCAUGAAGGAAGCAUGCUCAAAUGAAUUUUGUCACUGAAUCAAUUUUACAUCCUGAGAUCUGUCACCACAACUUUGUCUACAAGUCUGAAAGGUAUGUGACAGAUAUUUAAGAAUUAGUGUUGAAAUCAACCUAUUUCAGGACUAAAAGAAAGAAUUAUGAUCAGAUCUUGAUUUUAUUGCUUUAAAUUGUUCAUUUUCUUAAUUUUGACCUUUUGUUCUUCUAAAGUUUAACUGUCAUUUAUUCAACAGAAGAUGAAAUAGGAAGGAAGAAUAGCUAUCAGACUUUGAAUAUUUUUGUUUGGUUUGAUUUUUUAAAAUAAUUCUAGCAAGGCUUCAUUGGGAGAUAAAUUUCCAAAUAAUAAAACUUUUAAACUAUGAGUAUUAUAUAAGUUAAGGAAAUAAUUGACCAGGAAUAUUAAAUUGAACUCUAGUUCUAGCUCUGGCACUCAGGAGAAGUAUGAUUUUAGCCAAAUCUUUCCAUCUGUCUGAGCCUCAUUCUUUUUAUCCAGGAAUUAAGUUUGGAUUAGAAGCUUUCUAAAUUGCCUUCCAGCUCUAAAAUUAUUAAUUAUAAUUACUUCAGGCAAUUCUCCAUUUUUAUAUAUCCAAUUUUUAAUCAGUUGACACCCCAUAAUUGCCUAUUAUAUACUGAAGAUGAGUUUUUUGUAUCUACAGGCAAACAUCUCAAGUUAAUCUCAUGGUAGCAAUGUCUGUGAGUCAAAAGUUCAAUUAUAGCAGGGUCACACAGUCUUUGUAUAGGAAAAUUCAUACAAUCACUACAAUACUAUAUUUUUGCCCUCGUUUUGUAAAAAUGAGUAGAAAAAGGGAAAACAUAAUUAUGACUAAGGUUGGAUAUCAAGAGAUUGACAAAUCAGAUGCACAUUGGACUCAAGUUGAUGUGUUCAAUUGUGAAAUAAAAUUGGUAA